GACAUAAUCCAGACAGCCUUCUCUCUCGGCAUCAUACCGCGCUUCUUCCACCUGCUUGCUAACACGAAAAAGCUUAUCCGUUCUCAUGGUCCACACACUACCUUUCAAGACACCACCAUCUUCGCGCGCUCUCCGCUACCGCGUUCGAAAAAGAGCAAACCUCCUUCGUGCAAACUCCUCGCUACUUCUCUGUCGGCGGCACAGGAUUCCAUUCGUACGUCUCAGCCCGCGGGCGACGCGAAGAAAGACCUCCAGGUCUUCAAGCUGCUUUGGGACGCGACAAUCGACGUCCUCGAAAAGGUUCUAGAUGAUGGGGAUCUCGACCACGAAGCGUUUGGGUGGGGCGUCUUCGGUCUAUCCUCUGGCUACAUGCCCGCUCCACCCUCACCGUCUACUUACAGCCUCGACACAGACCCGCUGUUCGACAUCCACAAAGAGCGUCUGCACGCUGCACUACUAUCUCUCCCUUCUCUCGGCUCUCCAGAGCGAGGUCGUGCGAGCCACGCAGUUUCCGGCGCCGAGCGUGUCAAUCAACUAGCGAAAGCGAGGCGGCAAGUGCACAUUUGCGCGAGCCUGCUUCUCCAGCGGAUGAGGUGCGAGGGAUGGAAUCGCGUGCGGUGGUGGCAUGCAGUCGCGGUUGCCGAGCGCUGGGUUGGGCAUUUGGGCAUCGCCCACGUGACCAUGGUGGAUGAGGAGAAGGAG